CACCAGCACCAUUGUUACCAUCUCAAAUUGCCAAUUUCGUCCGAAAGCCCUACACUGCUUUUUGGGCUAGCGACGAUCCGCAUCUCCGAACCGUUCGUAGAGACCGUUGGCUAGAAAUUGACGUUGGGCUACCGAGAUUUCGAUGCUACAUACCAUCGCGGUACUGGCGUCUAUACUCGACUAACAUGUCAAGCCAAACCCUUCUGAGCAGCUUAUGCAGCGUCUGUAACGUCAAUGAGUCGAAGUACAAAUGCCCAGGUUGUUCUGCACGUACAUGCUCUCUGCCGUGCGUUAAGCGCCACAAGCAAUGGGCCCAAUGCUCGGGUAAACGAGAUCCGACAAAAUAUGUAAAGAAGUCCGAGCUGGCCACACCGGCUGGUAUCGAUCAUGACUACAAUUUUCUGUCUGGCAUCGAACGUGAUCUUGAGAGGUCGGAAGCAUCCGUGACAGAGAAAGGUCUGGAUGUUGGUCUCAAUACUAGGCCCAAGGGCGACCAGGCCCAGGCAAUGGGCUUUCACUUUGCAGCGGCCGGCGUCAAUAUGCUACGGGCACCCAAAGGCAUGAGCCGGUCGAAAGAGAACAAGACCCAUCGGUCAAAGUCUGGUAACAAGAACAUCAUCUGGACAGUGGAGUGGAUUGGGGAAGAUAAAUCCCGAACACUCACGCAGUGCUCAGCUGUGGAACCAAUCUACAGGCUACACCCUCUUCACGAGAGCCCAUCUUCAAAGAAGAAAAGGAAGAGAGAUGCUGAAGCACCGAUUUCUACAGACCCUGCGCCGCCUCAGUCUGAGGGGAUCCUGGAGACAUCGACACCCACGCCUUCAGCAACAGAAAACACCACUGGAAGCACAGAUCCACAAUCGACACAGCCAGACGCCGCAAAACCUGAAGCUCCAAAAGAGAGAUUCAGCUUCUACCUCUUGCGGCCACGGACGAGCACAAAUCGACGUGUGCUGAUCCCUGUGGCAUCCUCCGACACACUUGGAAACGCACUGCGCGGUUGCACGGUUGAGGAGUUUCCGACGGUGUACUAUUUCCCCGAGACAACGACAGAGCUGCCUGAGCAAUUCAUGCUCGACGAGGUCUACCGCAAAGAAGAGGGUGAACAGCAGAGAGAGUUCGAAGAGCUGAUGAAAGACGUCGACCCCGAGAUUCUGAAAAGGCUCAAAGAUGACGGCACACGCAGCAAGACCGACGAGGAGGUGGACAGUAAGCGUAUCCUUGACGUUCUGAAGCAAGACUUGGGCGGGCUGUAGUGGAGAAUCCAUCGUCACAUGGCCAUGCUGUGCCUGGCAGUUGUUUUUCGCUCCGAGCCAGCGGCACGUUUGACGUUGUGCACCGUCCCGUCCCUAGGCUGAGCAUUGCUUUUCAAGUCAAGAGCAAUCUCGCUCACGUACCCCACUUUGCUUUUCCACAAAACCUUCUGUUCGUGUCACAAUGCUCGUCGACUUCGCACUCGGACGAUUGCAGCGGAGUCCUCUGCCGCGACCCCACUUG